AUGAUCGGCCGGCUCUUUCUGUGGGCAGUUCUCCUGCAAAACGUUGCCGUCCAGGCCCUUCAUCAUCACGAUGCGGUGCGAGCGAAGCUGGAUCUCAUAAAAAGAAAUAUGGACACAAGAGCUGAUCCUUGCAACGAUUUCUACACUUAUGCUGCCGGAAGUCUCACAUACAAUGAUUAUGAUCGUGACGGAACGAAACAUCUAAUGGAAUCAAACAUUGGAGAUGAGGUACUCAUUAUUAUGACGAAACGCGUUUUGAUCUUGAUUUACAGGGGAAGUACCCCAAGUUCGACGCUCAGAUUUUGAUGAAACUAGGCACAAAUUUAGAAUAUUUUUUUCUAAAAUAUAUGCGAGAAUCCUAGAUCGCGCUUUGCAGAAACAACCGAAAUUUUUAGAUCGAAAGUCGGCCAAAAUUUGACACUUUUUGGCGAAUUUCGGGACGAAAAGUUUCAUGUCUAUUUCUAUCAUAGAGGGUAAUAUUUCCACAAAAAAUCAAUUUUUUCCGCACGAAACUGCCAAAGUUAUGGCCAAAAAGGUGUUUUCUCUCUGACCGCUCUCCACGUUUAGCGUGCCCUCUCGGCGGCAAAAAUCGUUCGAUAUCUCGGCGGCACCCGCAAAGCGCGAGCUAAAACUUUCAGGAAUUGAUAUUUAGUCCAUACCCGACGUGUGUGCAAAAUUUAAAGAAACUCUGAGCGUCGCACUUGAGGUACUUCCCUUGUUAGUUUUUUUUAGUCUUUACGCUCAUUUUUUUCAAUUUCAGAUCCGAAACGUGAAGGAAGUUAAGAAGUUGUUCGCAGACUGCGUGAAGAAUCCCGCCGUGAUGGACGAACCGGGACGUACAACUAUAUACAAUUGGAUUGUGAUGUAUUUCAAAACGAGAGGCUUAAUUUUCCCAUUGAAGAACGAAGUUGUCGCCAAUGACGACGUCCUUUUUACCAACCUGGUCUUGGAAAUGUACACCUAUCUGUUCGAAACGGGAGCCCCGAUUUUUAAUCAAUGGGCUUUCGGUGCUUCAAUGGGGAAAUUAUUUUUGGAGAUUCCACCAAAGGUCGACCAAGAAAAAGCUUGGUGAGUUAUUUGUGCAUCAUAUGAACAUAUCAGUGCGUCGGGAAAAUACUGUGGAUUAAUCGAGCCUCGAAAGCGCCCAUCAUCGCUUUUAUUGCCAGAUUGCGACGACGAGGCGAGAGUUUCACUGCGAUAAAUCCACAUUACUUUCCCGAAAGACUGGUAUAUGUUGGUGUCGAGUGAUUAAUACUGUGGACCGGGGUUGAUUGAAGACAUGAAAAUCUUCAGGCAGAACUAUUGCCGUGUCGUUGGAGGAUGUGCAAAUCGGGUCUCCUACGAUCGGAAUUACAACCCGAAAGGCUACGUACGGGCAGAUCAUUUAAAAGGCCGCUUCUUCCACCAAACUAUGGGUACAAAAUUAGACGACACAUUCCCGGAUAUUGCUUUCUAUGUUCCGCAAGUUUUUGAAAAAGAUGUAAGUUUUUGGGGUUUCGCCUUGUAGCCCCUCCCCCUUUUUGAACACUCCCCCUCAUUUUGAAAAUUGAAAAAAUGAGGUGUGACAUCUUAUACGAUAAAAAAUUGUUUCAAAUUGAAAAGAAUAAGGUGUGACAUCUUAUACGAUGAAAUUUUUUUUCGAAUUGAAAAAAUGAAGUGUGACAUCUUAUACGAUGAAAAAUUUUUCUCAGUCUGAAAAAAAGUUCCAUCGCAUAAGGUGUCACACCUUAUUCUUUUCAAUUUGAAAAAAAAUUUCGGGGCUUCGGUAGUUGAGCCCCCCACGAAAGGUAGUUCAAACCCCCACUGUUUUGCCCGUUUCACACCCCACAAAAUGAACAAAUUAGAAUAAUACAAGAAAUGUAAGUGGGGAUUUGAUUUACUACGUUGGGGGUUUGACCUAAAACGUAAGGGGUUUGAUCUAAAACGUAGGGGGCUCGUGCUGGACCAUACAACUUGGAUUAAUUCUUUGAAAUAAAUUUUGGGGUUCAGAAUGGACGAGGGGGUUCGUACUGGGUCAUGAGGGGCUAAACUGGACUGGGGGGCUGUACUACUAGUCGUUCCAGAAAGUGCGUGCACUUUUUGUCGUGGGCCGCACUGUGCACAAAAUUUCCUUUUUGCGGGGUGCAUUUGACCUUUUGCACCGUGCAAAUCCAAUAUCGCUGCGACACAAGCUUUUCUCAACGGAGCGGGCGCGAAUUUUGGGCGCAUGAAAUGAAAUUGCACAGUGCAAAAUGUUUCGAAAAGGAUCGCGUCGCGCGGGGAACAUGAAAACUUGCACUGUGCGGUGCAAAAAAGGCGGAAAAAAGUGCACGCACUUUCUGGAACGACUAGUACCUUAGCCCCAAAAAUGUCACACCUCGUUUUUUCAAUGUUCAAAAUGGGGGAGUGUUCAAAAAAGGGGGAGAGUUCAGCCUUUUUUGGGGUAGCGUUGAAAAAGGGGUAGAGUUCAGAUUGGGGGAAAGUUGAGAAAAGGGGGAGAGUUCAGGCUCAACCAACAUUUUUUCAGCCCAGCCAGUCUGCUCAUCGUGCCAACUUUCUGAAUCAUCUAAUGGAGUAUUUAACCGAUCAAACUCUCCAAACGCGAAAGUUUUCCCACUGUGAACAAUACAUUCGAGAGGCGUUUCCCUUUCAAGUUUCCAAAAUUGCCUACGAAGCGGAGAUGCAAGACAAGGAGCGAUUUGAUCAGCUGAAGGCAAAAUUCGUCGAGGAAGGAAGAACGAUUAAGAAAACGGCCGAACGUAUGCUGCAAAACGCAAACUUCAAGCAGAACCGGACCCGACAGAUUUACCUGGACAGAUUGGCGAAGAAUGAGUUCCACUUUUUGGAUCAGCCAAUUCUGUCAGGAGAUGAGCUGAAUGCAGUGGAUGUGCGGCUUUGGGAUGCGCCGUUUUUGAGGAGAUUUAUGAAUGGAAUAGCCCAUAUUUUCAAGCUCAACUCGGUGAUAAAGCUGAAGAAUUUUGUCCUCCCAGAGUACAGGGUAGGUCUAUUCGCAAUGGGAAGUAACACGUCAAUCCAGCGCAUUUCCUGAACCGUUUCCAAACUUCGCAUUGUUCCACGGAGUUGGACGAUUGGGGAAAAAGACGAUUGUGGAAACCGAAAAGUAUUACUUUUUUUGAUGCAAAUGUCAAAGUUAGGAUAAUUGAGGGGGCUCAUUUCGAAAAUAACAUUCAUUUUUUGACUCUUACUUUUUUCUUAAGUAGUACUGUAAAGUAACAAUUUUAGAUUUUUUUCCAUAAAUACUCGAUUUAGGGGUUUUCGAAGGUGCUGGUCUCGAAAAUCAUGUUAGCUUUUUCGCUAUAAAAAUGAACAUGAUUUUCGAAAUCAGCACCUUCGAAAACCCCUAAAUCGAGUAUUUAUGAAAAAAAAGUUCAAAAAUUACCACUUUACAGUACUACUUAGUAAGAGUCAAAAUAUGAAUGUUAUUUUCGAUAUGAGCCCCCUCAAUUAUCCUAGCUUUGAAAUUUGCAUCAAAAAAAGUAAUAUUUUUCGGUUUCCCCAAUCGUCUUUUUCCCCAAUCGUCCCAGUUCUAUUGUUCCAGUAUUCCAACAGAAUACUUUUUUCGGUUACGUCCGAGCCUUGAAUUGGCAUUCUUUUUUAGCUAGCCCUGGUGCUUCGUCUUCCUUCUGAGACCGUGUUCAAGUCUUCAAAAAUACAAUCGUAAUCCUUUUUGAGCAACAUUAGUUCAAAACCGUUUUUUCUAACUAUUAAAAUGGGAUAGGAAAAACAGUAUGGCUUUCUAUUUUUUUAAGGAAUAAAAUUUUGAUAUUUUAUUUUCAGUCUACUAUAUAUAUGGACAACCAUCUAAUUUACUUUUUCUUUGGCGCUGUUGACUUUCCAGACUACGAUGUUGACUUUCCCGCGUCUCUCGACUUCUCCGGAACAGGGUUUUUGAUGGCCAAGGCAUUAAGCGAGACCUAUGGCAAGUGAUGAAAUUUACCUUAAAAAUAAUUUCCCGUUUUUUAGGAACUGAAUUUCUGAAAAGUGACAAGGACCCGGACAAGGAGCAUCGUGCUCGGUGGGACUGUAUUACAAAGCUCUACCGUCAAGAAUGUGAUGCACAAGAACUGUGUGUCCUUGAUCAAGUGGCGGCCCAUGUUGGUGAGUACUAGCCGCAUUACGGCAGGACUAGAUAAAAAUUCCUGGGGGCCUGUUUUACCUGGAAGUUAACCGAAGCAGCUGGGGCGCUAAAACAAGUCGUGAAAGUUUGCAUAAUUCAGCUGCCGAUGAUUUUUCUUUUUGAACCGUUCUUGAGCAACUUUACGUUUUUCCAUUUUCAUUCUGCAGCGGCGGAAAAAAGAGAAAUUUUUGCUUCGACCACACACCUCAAAACAAGCGUCCACACGUUUUAGACUUACAUUAAUGUCAUUUUAGGUAUUCGUCUGGCCUAUUCUUCCUACUUCGCCCUUGGAAAUAUGUCGGAGCCCCGAUUAAUUCCACAGUUCUCUAACAAACAACUUUUUUUCAUCAACUUAGCCCAGACACUGAGGGUUUGGUCAAUGUAUCGUCGUCUGCCAGAUCCAGUCCGUGUUUGGGGAAGCAUUGCCAAUUUUAAAGGAUUUGCCGAGGCUUUUGGGUGCCCUGUUGGUUCGAAAUACAACCUUCCAGCGGACAAAAGAUGCAAUAUCUUUGACUUUGACGUCGAUAGCCCAAGUUUCACGACGACCACCACGACCACCACCACAACUACAACGACCACUACAACAACUACUACAACGACUGCACCAACUACCACUGCUGUAACUGACGCAACUCCUCAUGCCAGUACAAACACCCCACCGGCACCUGAACGAACUACUCCCUCUCCGCCAAGAACUACUCCCUCUCCGCCAAGAACUACUCCCUCUCCGCCUUCGCCGGACCCAGGCGGUAACCACACCGAAUAUGGAGAAGCUGCCUCCAAAAAAUCGAUUCUAUUGUCUCCGCCGUAUUUCUCAUAUCUCCUUUUGGGAUUUGCCCAUGUUAUGAUCCAAUAA